AUAGUCGUUUGUCGCCAGUUGCACAGACCUUCUGAUACCAAGCAGUUGCACGAAGAGAAUUGUUAAAUACACAUACAAUCUGUUCAUCCAAUUGUUGUUUUUCAUUACAAUCAAUAAAUAAAAAUGCAGGCGAUUCUAAUUCUUAGUGUUUUGACUGUGUUUAGUCUAACUACGGUUUACGCCAUGGAAUGUUAUAAUUGUAACACGACUUACAUGACAGAAAGAAAAGAUGAUGCUUGUAAAGACAUUGAAAAUAUUGGACAUUGUACGGACCCGUCCAUUUGUAUAAGUGUUGUUAUUGAAAUACAAGAAGGUACAAUAAAGAAGUACAAUGCUCUUAAACAAUGUCAAUUGCCUCAAAACGGUCAAGAGUGCGAACUCUUUCUCAAAAACAUCCAAAAUAUGCAACCAGGAAACAAAAUUCAAUAUUACGAUAAUAAAUGCCAAACCUGUGACAAAACCGGCUGCAAUAAAUCGACGGCUACCGCGGUAACCGUCCCGGCGUUUUUGGCUUUUAUCGCAUUUUAUGUUUUGUGUAAAUUAAUGUAAGUUGAAAUAAUUAAAAUUAAAGUUUUAUCGUUA